AUGGCGCUCUCUUUGCGAGAUGGCGCUCGGCUCAAGCCUGAUAUUCGCCUUGCCCAAGCGGUUUCCGAGUUCGAAGCAGCUCUUAGCUCUGAGCAAAAAGUCGUGUUUAGAGCCUCGCGAUCUUCAGCUGCUCACGUAGCCCCAACGAUGUCUGAUGUGAUGCGCCUCACUGCCGAGAUCGACCUGAAGGCCACGACCAAGCAUGGCCGUGGAAGAUGCUUUGGGCCAAGAAUGACAAACCUUUUUAAUGCAAUCCAGCAGUUCGCUGCGCUUGGUGAUGUUGUUGUUAGAGGUUCGCAAAACCUCAUUGCGUGCGGUGUUUGGGCUGCUGCAAGAAUGACCGUUCAUGUCAUAACUGGAUACUUCACGUAUCUGGAGAAACUUUCUCUUUUGUUUAUGGCUGUCGGUCAAAACGCUCCGCGCUAUCAAGCUAUGGCUGCAAUUUAUCCCAAAUCAAAGAACCUUCAACGCUAUCUGUGCGAAUACUUCAUAAUUGUCACCAGGCUAUGCUUCCAGUCAAUUUCAUGGACACAGAAGUCCGCUUUCAGCCGACUCUCGACAUCCAUUAGCGACUCAGAAAUGAAAGAAUUGCAGUCAGAGCUUGACAUAUGGUCAUCAUCGAUAAAGGAAGAGGCCAAUCUCUUACUAAAUCAGAAGGUAGACGAGGAGGCCAAAGAAAAUGCGAAAUUUCGCUCGCUCACAACAUUUCUGUCCGAGUCUUCGUCACAUCAGCGGAGAAUUAAGACCUAUACUCGUUUUCUACAGGCAUGCUCCCAGUACGACUAUCAGACCACGUGGAAGCAGACAAGAAAGGCUGGAACCACUCGUCUUUUAGAAUCCUUCUCUGAGUAUCAACAGUGGCAGUCUGACCAGUUCAGCCAUGACUCGGUGCUAUUCCGUGGUAAGCUGGGGGCUGGGAAGUCAGUCCUGUUAGCCAAUGUCGUCGAUAAUUUAAACCUUCAGAGCAAUGCGAUCGCCUUGUAUUUCUUCGCUCGGUAUGACAGACCUGAUGGCUUAAAUGCUAGGACAAUACUUGGGUGUCUCAUCAGGCAGCUUCUGGAGCACUUUGUCACGAACAGGGACUUUGACCAUAUUUUCAAAAACAAUACAACUAUCCGGGACGCGGACGAUAUUGUGGAGAUCUUCAAGCAAGUUCCGCCACACAACCAGCACGUCUUCAUUGUCAUCGAUGGUGUUGAUGAGUGUCCCAUGGAUGAGCAACAUGCCCUGCUGAGAGCCCUAUCAGUUAUCCAGCCCCAUGGCUACAAGCUCUGUGUCUCUGUGAGAACUCUAGAGCAAACUUCAACAUGGAAAGGUCACUCAUUCCGAUUUAAUGUCUCUAUUCUAGAAAACAACCCAGAUAUCUCGGACUAUGUUGAAGUCGAAGUUGCUAGACGGAUCCAAGAAGGAAGGCUUGUUAUUGAAGAUCCAAACUUGGUCCAUGAGGUUAAAGAGAAGCUUAUAUAUGGGGCAUGCGGCAUGUUUCUUUGGGUCUCACUGCAACUUGAUUCUAUUUGUGCUGAGAUGACAGACCAUGCAAUACGCGAGACGAUUCAAAAUCUUCCACGGGAUCUUACAGAAACUUUUGAGAGAAACGUUACCAAAGCCAGCUCAAGCGAUACCAGCGGUUAUCACAUACGAAUCUUCAAACUUUUAGUUUCAGCAAGAGAAUUGCUUACGACCGAACAGCUUCGAGAGGCUACUAGCGUAAUAGUAGGACAGACAAAAUGGGAUCCAGCAAGACAGAUCAGUCGUAUUGAAAGAGUCUUGAGGUUUUGUGGAAGCUUAGUCAUGGUCGACGAGGAAGAUGAAACGGUUCGCUUCAUCCAUCAUAGUGCCCGAAGCUUUUGCCUCAAUUCACCGAACAACACUGCCGCAUGGACUUUCACUGAGGAUGAAGCGGAGAGAGCAAUGGCAGAAACGCUGGUGACAUAUCUUAGCUACAACAUCUUCGACACAAGAUUGAGCAGAAACGUUGUACCAAAGAUUGAGGCAAACGAUAUCCCCAAAAGAGUGGCAUUGAGCACCAUCAAGACCAGUUCAGUGGGGAAAGGGAUUACCGACCGAUUUUUAAAUUUACGGUCUCAACUCAGACACGAUGUUGGACCUGUUCUCGCCGAGUCGGCCAAGGGCUACUGGAAGGAUGAUUCUCACCAAUUCCCCCUACUUACUUAUGCGAGCAAGAACUGGAUUCUUCAUACCUCGCAUGUCGAAUAUCUUGAUCCGCUAUGCCGUUGGCAUUACUUACUUCAACAUCCAACGUUUGGCAUUGAUCUCACCGAUAUACCAGAUAGCUUGCUCGUCCGGUUUUCAGUUGUACGGUUCAUGCCAUCAGCGAGCAUCUUAUGGGCCUUGUGGCAUGGACAUCUGCUACUUUUGAAGCAUGAACUUUCCAAAGAACCAGGAGCUCGCAAAAUUCAAUCUUACGCAACGUUUUGGAUAUUUUUGCGGCAUAUUGCGCCUGGCUUUUUCAAUGCUGAUAUGGACUAUGGACUUGUCAGAUGGCUAUGCCGAAUGCUUGUUCAAUUACGCAUGGAAAAUCCAGCCAAGAGACAACUGUUGUGGCGUCUCUCAGUCUUUGAUGAGUCUUACAUGGAGAUAUUGCGAACUGCCAUCGGAUUAUCUGACAUAGAAGCGGUUAUCGCCCUUCUAUCCCGCGAUAAUCUUGGAAAAGGUCAGCUUCCUUCUCUGAGCGAGGCCUUGGUGGACCUAGCAGUCUCAUAUGGAAACGUGCCCCUUCUCAACCUUCUAAUGCGGGAAGAGUUCGCAGUAGACAUCACGGCUACCCUCUCCAAGAUCGUUACAUCAGGGAUGCCAGAACCCAUUGUAACACGAUUUAUUCAGCGUCUGCUUCUUCUUCAAGGGGAGAUUCAUCUAUAUUCCCUGUCAGAUAGUGUAUUCUAUCUAGUAUUCCAACAAACUCUGAAAAUGCUGGGUCCCGAUAGGAUCCCGGAGCAACUAGAGAUUCUACCAUGGAGAAACUCAGAGGGUCGUCGCCGCAAGGUCGAUCUCCUGUUACACAAAGCAUGCAUGAGAGGAGAUCUUUCAAUGGUAAAAUUGCUGACUUCUGUUGGCUGUGAUCCCAAUGCCUGCACAGACGAAGGAUCAUGCCUUGACGUGGCGCUACAUGGCAUCUCACAGGAUAGACUGAACAUUGUAUGGCAUCUCUUGGGGUCCUCUGCUCUACCAAGUCACGCCACCCUUUCUCGGGCAGUAUUACUACGGCAAUGGGCGUUCGUGCUAUGCUUUUUGCAGUUAGACAUAUCUUUCGAUGAUUCUUCAUCUCCGCUACUUGAUAGCCCAUUUCUGGCUCCAAGUUUCAAGAUUAUGGUGGAGGAUUCAGAUGAUAUCGAUUACCCAUUUCUUGCCCGGACUCCCACAGAGGAUCAAGAUAUUGGUAUCAUCACCGCUUUGUUACCACUACCACUUGUGCAGUCGAAUUCUUGGGAUGACUGGAAUUUUUACUUCGUGGCCAACCUCCAUAGAAAAGACGGAUGGAAGCCAAUGGUUCUUUCUGAAGAGGAAUUGUUAUGCGAAAAUAUUGUUAAGACAUUUUGUUUAGAAGACAUAUCGAAAGAAAAAAGACAGGAUAGGAUUUCUCAGGAUUCAGGUGGUCUGGAAGCGCCGAAAACAGUUCAGAGUUCGAUUGAAUUUAUUCAUUCGCACCCAGACCUCAGCCCUUGGAUCAAGCUGACUACUCCCAACACUCUCUCAGUCAUUGCAGAAAUUUCUAGAAGAUGGAGUUGGUUACUUUCUAUAGAACCCAGCCACGAGUUUAAUCACAGCUGGGCAAUCGGAACCACUGAAGAACCAUGGCAUAUGAUGUGGGAUGACUCUGGACGAUUGCGUAGUCCAGGCCUCUGGCUGAUGCAUGAAACUAUUGAUACACUCGAGAAACGUCGCCACAACUAUGGUCUCGUUCACGACGCACUUACCGAUGCGGCAUGGGCUAUUGAAGAGCUCCAAAAGUCUUACCGUCUUCUACAAAAUCUACCCUGGGGAUCCCAGCUACGCGUUGCCGAAGAGAGGCUUCCCUUCAUUGACUUGCCGCGUUUCCGAAAGCCGAAUGUAUCUUAUGUUAAGGCAUAUUCUUUUUGCUUUGCCUAUAUGAGUGUUCGAAUCCAGUGGUUAAGGGUAUUAAGUAUUCUUUCUAUGAAAGGUCUGUUGGCAAAGUUUAGGAUCCAUACGGAUAUUCUGCAAGAACCUGGUGAGAUGGCAAUGCUUUUACCAGGCGCACUACAAUUGUCGAAACACGAAGUCCCAACAUAUGCGUUUAUGCCUGAAGUCCCAACAUAUGAGUUGAUGCCUGAAGUCCUCGAGGCAGCAUUUAUUGGUACUGAAUCCAAGCAUGUUCUCCGAGGACUUAUUGCAAAGCAUCCCCUCUGGGUAUCGGAAGUCGCCGCCUGGAUUGAGACCAUGGACCCAGGGAUUUUCACCUGGUCUAUGGGCCAAGAUUCACCCCUUUCCUUCAGGAGAGCAAUUCAGUCUUUUCGAGAUAUAGGCACAACCGAGCAUGAUAUAGAUCGCUUGAUAUACGCGUUAGAGAUGUCCCGUCAAAGAGUUUCAGAGUUAGAAUGA